AUGGCGGGGGACCGGGACCAGCAGGUGCGCCACAUGGCUGGUUUUCCUCGCUCCAUGUAUCCGUUCAGCUUUAACUCCAUGAGAGGCCACUCCCCCUUUGACCUGCUCGCCAGCGCACACCUGUUCGGCCGCUUCGGAGCCGACCUGCCCAAGGAGAUGGCCGCGCUAUCUUUAUCUGUGUCUGAUACAGGAGCUGGAGGGAGCACUCAGCCUGAGGGGGGGGGGGGCACCCACAAAGGCUGGAGGAGCGGGGAAAGUAUUCAGGACCAAGACAUGUACAUGACUAGUCUGUCUGAUCAUAGUGAUAGAGGUAGGAGAGGGGAGGAGAUGGGAGGAGAGGAGAGAGAGGAGAGAGAGGAGAAGAAAGUAUUCGGGACCAAGUCCAAGAUGGCGGCGCUGCGGCUCGGUUACGGGUGCGUUUGUUUCGCCUCUUGCUGCACGAAAACCAGGGAAACACUGUGUUCCCGUUUGGGCCAAUCCCACGCCCUGCCCUCCCCCUCCAGGCUCCUCCCCCUCCAGGCUCCUCCCCCCCCCACUAGCCCCACCCCUCUGUGGACUGGCUCCUGCUCCUCAGUGAGAGAGGCCUCAGAGCCGGCCAGGGGGCAGAGCACUCAGAGAUCUUGUAGACCAGCUCCAGACCAAGCUCCAAACCAGGUUCAGACUUUGAGGACUUCAGCUGGGAUCAUGUUUGACUGCAUGGAGGCUUUGGGUCUGGCUCGCCCCCUUUUCGACGUCCCGGGACAGGGCUCGUGUAUGCUGGCCAAGGCAACUCCAUAUUUCUCAAGCCUGGAUCACUAUGCAUGGACUGGACCAAGCAGUAACAGCCUCCAAUCCGUGGAGACCCAGAGCACCAGCUCGGAGGAGAUGGUCCCCAGCUCGCCCUCCCCUCCUCCCCCUCCACGAGUGUACAAGCCCUGCUUCGUCUGCCAGGACAAGUCGUCUGGGUAUCACUACGGGGUCAGCUCCUGUGAGGGCUGCAAGGGGUUUUUCCGCCGCAGCAUCCAGAAGAACAUGGUCUACACCUGUCACCGCGACAAGAACUGCCAAAUCAACAAAGUGACCCGGAACCGCUGCCAGUACUGUCGGCUGCAGAAGUGCUUCGAGGUCGGCAUGUCCAAAGAAGCGGUGCGGAACGACAGAAACAAGAAGAAAAAGGAGGUGAAGGAGGAGGUGGUGGUUCCGGAGAGCUACGAGCUGAGCGGAGAGCUGGAGGAGCUGGUGAACAAAGUCAGCAAGGCUCACAGAGAGACCUUUCCAUCGCUGUGCCAGCUGGGGAAGUACACCACGAACUCCAGUGCAGACCAGCGCGUGCAGCUGGACCUGGGUCUCUGGGAUAAGUUCAGUGAGCUCUCCACCAAAUGCAUCAUAAAGAUUGUAGAGUUUGCCAAGCGCCUGCCGGGCUUCACCACACUGACCAUCGCCGACCAGAUCACCCUGCUCAAGUCGGCCUGCCUCGACAUCCUGAUGUUGAGGAUCUGCACACGCUACACUCCGGAGCAGGACACCAUGACCUUCUCCGAUGGCCUCACGCUCAACCGCACGCAGAUGCACAAUGCCGGCUUCGGGCCCCUCACUGACCUGGUGUUCGCCUUCGCAACACAGCUGCUGCCGCUGCAGAUGGACGACACAGAGACCGGCCUCUUGAGCGCCAUCUGCCUCAUCUGCGGAGACCGGCAGGACCUGGAGGAGCCAGAAAAAGUGGACAGACUCCAGGAGCCGCUGCUGGAGGCUCUGAAGAUCUACACACGACGCAGACGACCAAACAAACCACACAUGUUCCCACGCAUGUUAAUGAAGGUGACCGACCUGCGCGGGAUCAGCACCAAGGGAGCAGAGCGAGCCAUCACUCUGAAGACCGAGAUCCCUGGGCCCAUGCCGCCGCUCAUCAGGGAGAUGUUGGAGAACCCUGAGGCCUUCGAGGACAGCUCCGACUCUGGGGAGAGCAGCACCACGACUACCCCUGGUCCUCCUCCAGCCAUUCAGGCCAUCAAGCAGGAGGACAGACCCACAGAGGAGGAGGAGGAUGAGGAAGAGGAUGACGACGAAGAGGACUUCUGGGAGGAAGAGAGGGACCGGGAGAGAGCCGAGAGCGACGCAGAGAGCCAGCAGUGA